AUGUCGUUACAACAACAAUCAUAUUCAGUUGUUCCCAGGCGACCUCCAGUUCAGCCUUUGAAUGAUAAAAUGAGACACGGUUUCGAUGUUGACUAUAAUUCUGAAAAAUUUCUAAGUUCAUUAGCGAACACAUUCUAUAUAUACUUUGAUGACAAACGACAAAACACAAAUGGUAAUCCAAUUACUGAUGAGAUGAAGGCAUCGCCAAAGCAUUUUAAGAAUUACCAACCAAUAUCUGACUGGAAAGUCAUGAAAGAACGUCAAAAGACAAUCAGUGCAAUAUUGGUGUUGUGUCUAAAUCUAGGAGUUGCGCCUCCAGAUGUGAUGAAGCCUUCUCCAUGUGCACGCUUUGAAUCAUGGUGUGAUCCAUCUUUAUUCACUGAUACAAAGAAAGCAAUAGAGAAUAUCGGUAAAAAUUUACAAUUACAGUACGAAAGUAUAUCGUCAAAAACCAGAUAUAGAUUGUCCUUAGACCCUUGCGUUGAAGAUAUCAAACGUUUCUGCAAUGCUCAGCGAAGAAAUGCCAAGGAUGAAAGAAUAUUGUUUCAUUACAAUGGGCAUGGUGUUCCUAAACCGACUGCAAGUGGAGAAAUUUGGGUGUUCAACAGGAACUACACACAAUAUAUUCCUAUUUCCUUAUAUGAUCUUCAAACUUGGCUUGGGGCCCCUGUGAUCUUUGUCUAUGAUUGUAAUAGUGCAGGCAAUAUAGUUCAUAAUUUCAAAAAGUUUGUUCAAAAACGUAUUGAUGACGACAACGAGGGUAAUCACGAUCAAAGUGCUCCUUCGCCUUCUUCAGCGUAUUUAGAUUGCAUACAAUUGGCAGCAUGUAAAAGCAAUGAAUUGUUACCAAUGAGUCCUGACCUACCGGCAGAUUUGUUUACUUGUUGUUUAACUAGUCCAAUAGAUAUUAGUGUCAGGUGGUUUAUUCUUCAAAGUUCCUUAAAGAAAGGAUACUAUGAUGCUUUACCUAGGAACUCAAUAGGCAAUGUCAUUAUUCCAGGUAAUUUAAAUGAUAGAAGAACACCGCUUGGUGAGUUAAAUUGGAUUUUCACAGCAAUUACAGAUACUAUUGCGUGGACCUUGUUAUCAAGACCAAUUUUCAAACGCUUGUUUAGACAAGAUUUAAUGGUAGCUGCAUUGUUCAGAAACUUUCUUUUGGCAAAGAGAAUCAUGCCUCAUUUAAACUGUAAUCCAAUCAGUGAUCCACCAUUACCAGAAGCUGUUAGAUUUCAUCCAAUUUGGGAUUCGUGGGAUUUAGCCAUAGAUCAAGUUCUUUCAAAGCUAUUAAGAACUGCGCAAGAUGAGGCUGCUGUUGCUGCUGCUGCUGCUGCUUCCACCACUAAUGGUGUCAUACCUGGUUCUGUUCCUUCUAGUACAACUGCAUCAAAUUCAUUAGCUCCAAAUGGGACAGCUAAAUCUGACGGACAUCAAGGUAAUGGUAGCGUUUCACAUGUUCCUGCUGCUCCUCAGAAUUCAGGAAACUACCAAUAUACUACUUUUUUUGAACAGCAAUUAACUGCGUUUGAUAUAUGGUUAAAAUAUGCUGGUCCUUCAACAAAAGAGCCACCACAGCAAUUGCCAAUUGUGUUGCAAGUUUUGUUGUCCCAAGUCCAUAGAUUGAGAGCAUUAAUAUUGUUGUCACAGUUUUUAGAUUUGGGACCUUGGGCUGUCUAUUUGUCGUUGGCUAUUGGUAUAUUUCCGUAUGUUUUGAGGUUACUACAAAGUCCAGCACAAGAGUUGAAGCCAGUAUUAAUAUUCAUUUGGGCUAGAAUUAUGGCUGUUGACUACAAGGGAACUCAACAAGAGCUUUGUAAGGAUAAAGGCUACAAUUACUUCUACUUAAUAUUAAAUUCAAACCCUACAAAUAAUGUGAAUGGUUCACACAAUCCAAAUAACGCAACUGGAGCUGGUGCCAUGCUUAUUAAUGACGAUCACAAGGCUAUGAGUGCGUUUAUUUUAACCCUAUUUAUCAAAGAUUUCAAAAAUGGGCAACGAUUAUGUUAUUCCACAGAGAUAAUUAACAAUUGUUUGAAAUUUAUACAGACCAGUGAUAAUCCUUUACUUAGACAAUGGUGCAGUUUAUUGUUAUCUCAAUUAUGGAAUAGAUAUCCCGACGGUAAAUGGAUAGUUUACAAGAAUGGAUAUAUAAACAAAUUGUUGACAUUAAUUGAUGAUCCUAUACCAGAAGUUAGAACAUCCAUCUUGGUUGCGUUGACCACCUACCUUUCUGAUCCACCACAUUUAGCUGCACCACAGCCUACAAACCCGGUUGCAGUUAAUACUACAGAUUUGAGAAAAGAUGAAAUUAGACAGCAAGACUUAAAGUUGGCCAAUGCUGUGCUUGGGUUAUUAGGAGAUGGUUCUCCAAUUGUUAGAAAAGAAUUGGUAUUUUUCAUCAAUAAAUUUGUCCAAACAUAUUCUAAAUUUUUCUUGAUUGUUGCGUUUAAUCAAUUACAAGAAGAAAUUGUCUUAAUUGAGAAUCCAAACUAUUUGAAUGAUUUUAGAAAACGCUCACCGGCCUAUGGAUCAAUAUUUAGUUCAAUCUGGAAAGCUUUAUUGAUAUUAUCAGAAGAUCCCCAUUGUGAAGUCAAACAACUCGCAGAGACAUUAAUCGAUUACGUUAUGGUCCAAUUGAAUGAAAGUGAGUUAUCUGCUUUGGUCAAAGAAAUGCAAGAUUAUUUACUAAGCAAGUCAACUAUUAAUAUCAGUGAAAGUUUCAAGCCAACAAAGCCACUAGUAAAUAGACAAUUGGGUGAUAAGAGACAGGUUUCAAGUGCAUCAGUGAUGAAUAGAAAGAAUGUCUUAAAAAUAGAUGGUUCUUCUUUAGUAACAAGAUCCGCUUCAGCUAGCAAUCUCGGUGGGAAUAAUGCAAAUUCUGACAAUUCAGAUGCAGAAUCUAUAACUUCUAAAUUGAAGAAUUUAUCUGUGUCUAAGCUUUUCAAAAGUUUUCAUAUCACAGAAGAAAAUGAUUUGAAGAGUCUAAGCAGAAUAUUAAACCCAGGACCAAUACAGUCAAGCUAUGGUAGUGAGUAUGUUCCAACACCUUCUUUUUACAAGAAACGUGAUUUGACUGAACCGCCUGAAUUACCAUUUGAUUCUGGGUUCUUUGAAUACAGUUGUGAAUAUUUCCAAGAACCUCAAAUGUCAAGAAAUGAGAUUGAUGAACCUGGCUCGAAAGAAUAUGUCAAGAGACUAUGGAGAAGAAAUAGAAAUGAGUCUAUCAUUCAAGAAACUCAACCACAAAAGGAAAUGGCAUUGAGAGGCGAGUGGAAUAAAGAUAUUCAAAUUCUUAAUAAUAAAACACAGCCUAAAUGUAUCAAAUUCACUCAGUUUGAAAAAAUCUUAGUUGCCAGUGAUGAAAAGGAUAAUAUCACCGUUUGGGAUUGGGAAAAUAAUCAAGUUGUAAAGAAAUUUUCCAAUGGUAAUCCAUUCGGAACAAAAAUCACUGACAUUAAGUUUUUAAAUGAAGAUGAUUCCCCAUUAAUGUUGACAGGGUCCUCUGAUGGGGUGAUCAAGAUUUAUAAAAACUUCCAUAAUUACGAAAAUUAUGGAACUACCUCGAAUGGUGGAAUUAUCAGGGAUGAAGACGGAGAUGAUGAUAUUGAAGAGGAAGAGAAGAAAGUGGAAUUGGUUACUGGGUGGCGAGCAUUGACUGAUUUGUUGUUGACUUCAAAGAGUACUGGGUUAGUUUCAGAAUGGCAACAAUCAAGAGGUUCGUUAUUGGUUAGUGGUGAUGUGAAAAUCAUUAGAAUUUGGGAUGCCCCACGUGAAUUAUGUUUGCUGGAUAUUCCUGCUAGAUCGUCGUCGUCAAUCACCUCUUUAACUUCUGAUCAAGUUGCUGGUGAUAUUUUUAUUGCUGGUUUCGAUGAUGGUACUAUCCGAGUUUACGAUACCAGAUUGGACUCACGAGAAUCAAUGGUAAUGACGUGGAAAUCACCAAGACAACAGCAACAACAACAACAGCAACAAGGUCAGCAAUUUAUUGGAACAGGCUCAAUUAGAAAUGUUCAUAUGCAAAGAGGUGGUUUCAGAGAGUUGAUUAGUGGUUCAGCUGAUGGGUAUGUGAAUGUUUGGGAUCUUAGGUUGCAAAAUCCAGUUUUGACUUACACCACCCCAGAGAAAUCUAUCCGAAGUAUGGAUGUUCAUGAACACGCUCCAAUUUCCAUGACUGGUGUUAAAAAUGUUGACAUUUGGUCUACUGCAGGAGAAUGUUUGACCACAUUGAAUAAUCCAAAUGGUUCAUCCCACAAAUCAUUGAAUUAUUUAUCAACCGCAACUUUCCAUCCACAUAGAAUGAUGUUUGCAACAAAUUAUAAUCAAGACGGUCAUAUUAACGUCUAUACAUGUAAAGAUACAAUAGUGCAGUAUUAG